AUGAAGGCGCUCGAGGUAGUCGAGUAUCAGUUAGAUCGUGAUGGCGUCCCUAUGUUUGAAAGACAUAAGGUAUACAUUGUGUACCUGGUGUUUGUCCACAUCGGAAAGCCCGUCGAUGAAGAGGUUUUGAGCGACAAUCGGGGAGAAAGUGGUGCCUUGAAGUUCGGCCCUGAGGAGGACGUCUUCGAUGCGGUGGGACCAAGUGCGAAGAGAUUCGUCUUGAAGGCGGGAUUCUUUGACAGCCUCAGUAAGGGGAGUGUAGUGAAGAACUAUAGAAAGAUCAUGUUGACUCGUGGCCGUGGAUGCCAUAUCAAGGUCAGCGAUCCAGUGAUCAAUGUUGGUGCCAUCUUCGUCGAGCAUGGACCAAGAGAUGGGAGGGAGUUUGGUUGA